CACCUCUCCUACUUCGUCGACCCUGCCACUACUAAGAACUGUAAUUGAACUAUGUCAUCAAAGGAGAGUUUCACGACGAGCAGCCUCUCUCUGAAUCUGAAUGAGGACUGGGACCGCUCAAGUGAUAUUAUCAUACCUCAGACGCAAGUACCACGAAAUUCUGUACUGUUUCCGGGCGAAGAGACACAGGACAACUGCAGCACAUCUGGGGCAAUUAGAAGUAGGAAAAACAGGUCGCUGAGUGAGCUCAUGCGGCUCCAUGCCGAGAAGGGGACCAAUGUGAUCUUCAACGUCGAGGAAGCGAGUCGUGUAGCAGAUGUUCUCAAGCAGUGGAUAAAUUCGGGCACUUCUCCGUACGAGGGCGAGGAUGACUUCUUUUCUCGUGCAAACGAUGAUCUGUCACUUGGUGCGAAACGUUCGUUGCAAUCGGCAGACUUCAGUGGCCGAGCGAGAGGGCAGAGCGAAAGUGUUGUCUCGCGAUAGUCUUCGCUGAGAUCACUUUCAGUUUCGCUUUCCAAUGUGCAUCCGGUCUUUCAUGACCCCUUAGAUGAUAAUUUACGACCUCUGACGAUACUGAUGAUUUUCAUGAUGACAUACUCUACUCUAGGCGACAUCAGUCAUAUUACUUAGUUACUCGGCAGUCUUUUCUCAAAUUCUUCGAUUUCGAAGCUGUGGCACCAAGUCUGUAUGCAUAUAUUUGGUUUGGUAUUACUAUUAUGAC